UUCAGUCAUCAUCUUAAAAAGCUUCAGGCUUAAAAUUGUCUGCAAUUUGGCUCCCUACAGUUUCUUGGAAAUGCACAAGGGAUAUUAAGCAGGUAAAUGUUUGGUUUUAGGCAACAUUACCAAACUAGAGCUAAAACCUAUUCAGAACUUACCGCCUGGAACGUAUUGCUGUUACAACAUCCGCACUAUAGAUCACACACACAGAAAUUAUUUAACCUUUCUAAAUGAUGAAGAAUCUUUAGUGUAAAUUUUUACUUGAGAAAUUGGCUCGGUUUUUCCUUUUGCGUCGCAGUUAUGGAAAGCGCGUCACUUUGAACAUGAAUAUAAUGGGUGGGGUCAUUUCUUAGGAAUACAUUCGCCAUUCGUUACGUAAUUUAAUUUAUUUCUGAUAUUUCCAUGCUAAAACGUUCGUUUCUCAGACAAUUGUGAAUUGGAAUUUCAAUAAUUUUUAUACUAUUCGCAGGAAGAACAGACUCUAUGCCAAUAAUCAUUAAUGCUCUAUGCCAAUGGCAUGAUUGGCAUCACAUUUUUGACGCGUAGCAUUUCAUUCGGCUUUACAUGAAGUUCAUCACGGUGAAACGAAGGUUAAUAUAAAAAGAUAAAAUGAAGACGUAUAGUAUUAUAUUUAUUUUCCUAAAUAUCUACAUCAAAUAUUGUCUUGGCGAAGACGAAAUAGAGGAAUCAAAUGCAAGACAUUUUAUUGAAGGGAAGGUGGUAAUCCAGGGCGAUAAACUACCAGAAUGGACAAGUGAAACUCGAGUCCUUGUGAAUGGUGGAGAAUAUGUGGGGUUUCUUAAAGGCGAUGGCUCAUUUAUUAUAAAUGAUGUUCCAUCUGGAUCAUAUAUUGUUGAAGUGGCUUCUCCCAAUCAUUUAUUUGAACCUAUGCGUGUGGAUAUUAAUGCUAAGCGUGGCAAGAUAAGAGCAAGGAAAGUAAACUUUCUUCAAAAUUCAGCUGUUGUUACACAACCAUACCCUCUGAAAUUCAAAACCAAAGAACCUGCCAAAUUUUUUGAAAAACGUGAAGCAUGGAAAAUUAAGGAUUUUCUUUUCAAUCCUAUGGUUUUAAUGAUGGUUCUUCCAUUGCUUUUGCUGCUUGUGUUACCUAAAAUGAUGGGACAAAUGGAUCCAGAAACACAAAAGGAAAUGAAUUCUAUGAAUAUGUUUAACCAAUCCCAAGAAAUGCCCGAGUUCUCCGAUAUGCUCACGAACUGGUUUUCCUCGGGAUCAAAGAAGAAACCUGUUAAAACUGUAGCUAAGAAAACUCCAACUGCUCGACGACGAUAGAAAUAUAAAACUACUUGCAAGUUAUUGUUACUUUCUCUAAACAGCAAAUUUAAAGACUUUCAAGCUUGCAAAAAAAUUAAAGGCUGUAGGGGGCUUUAAUAACCUGACUUUUUCUUUCCUUCAUGCUUUUUCCUAUAAAAUAUACUUAAUAUUGCACCAACACCUCACAUUUGCGAUAUAGGGGUGGGAAAAAUAGCGCACCACUCGGACCAUUGGUAGAAUUGUUUUUAGUUUAAAGUAGAAAAUGGCAGAAAGAAAGCAAGGAAAAUGAAACAGGGACACUGUUAUCAGCUUUGUUUUCAAUAUUAGGAAAUUAUUAAUCUUAAGGUAUAAGUGCUUGGUCGGAAUCUAUCAUGCCCAUAAUGCAUGUUUAUUAAUGGCACGGCUCGGUUAAAAAGGGUAUAGUUUAACUUUAAUCCUUACUCAGCCUUUGGUUUGUUAGCUUGGGCACAGAUAAAAUUAGGUUUAGCAAUUUUAGCUGUGGUGUGUCAAUAAAUUGAAUGUAAACGG